GGAUGCCCUAAUAAAUUAACCUACAAUUAUUCUCGUCUUUUUCUUCCCUGUUCUCUUUGUAAUUUUCACCGAUUUAUAUACAAGUUUGUAUAUCUCUGAUCUCUCACAUAAUUUUACAGAGGAUGGCCGGAGGCAACGCUCCCAAACUCCCUCCGCCGUCCUCCUCAGCACAAUCCCACCAAAACAAAUCACGGUGGGAAUCUUCAUCAUCCGCUGCGGCCACAGAUCAUAAACUCUCCGGCUCCGCCUCUACUUCCAUCGCUGAAUCCAAGUCCAAAUCCAAACACUCACACAACCCCGGAAAAGACAGAACACCCACCACUACCAGUGCCACCCCAAACAAAAGUAAAGAGGCCAAUAAUAAACCCCCCACCCCUACCCCGAAACCCAAACCCAGAUCCGAAAUCCCACUUAGACCCGAAAAUCCGAAUGCCCAUUUUGGUCCGCCUCCUGUGUUUCCAUUCCCGGACCAGCCCCCACCUCCGGCUUAUGGGUUCCACAUGCUUGACCGUCGGACUAUAGUCCUCGCGGAUGGCUCCGUGCGCUCAUACUUCGCGUUGCCACCUGAUUAUGCCAAUUUUAUGCCCAUGCUUAGGCCUGGAUUUCGGCCCGAAUUACGUGGUCCUCCAGAAUUUGGGCUUGAUAGGUCUCAUUUCCCAAUGAAUCCUGAUUUCCUGCCGGAGUUCAGGCCGGAAUUUCGUGGCCCGGAUGACCCCCUGGCAAGGACCAGGAAUCAAGAAUAUUGGAAUUCACUGGGCCCAGGGCCUGAGAGUUCUCUCAAGAGAAAGUUUGGGGAAGAGGAGAGGAGAGGAAAUGAUGCGUUUGAGAGACAACCCCAACAUGCUUUGCAGUAUAGAAUUACCAGUACAAAUGCCAAUGGUCCUGGCCCGAGUGGACUGGAUAAUUUGGGGAGAGGUGAGGAGAUGAGACCUACUAAGUAUAUGAAAACCGGAGAGGUGAAUGUGGGUAAGCUUAAGCACAAUGACGUUGAUCAGAAUUCGUUAAGGAAAGCAUUUUCGCAUUUUGUGAAGUUAAUUUAUGAGAAUGCGAAUCAGAAAAGGAAUUACCUGGCUGAUGGAAAGCAAGGGCCUCUCCAGUGUCUUGCCUGUGGCAGGACUUCAAAAGAUUAUCCAGAUAUGCAUAGUCUUAUCAUGCAUAUGUACAACUCAGAUUCUGGAAACUUGCUUGUGGAUCACUUGGGCUUUCACAAAGCUUUAUGCAUUCUGAUGGGCUGGAACCAUUUGAUGCCUCCUGAUAAUUCAAAAGCAUAUCAGAUGUUAUCUUCUGACGAGGCAAUAGCAAACCAGGAUGAUCUGAUUUUGUGGCCGCCUUCUGUAUUAAUUCAUAAUACACUCACAGGAAAAGGUAGAGAUGGGCGCAUGGAAGGUAUAGGAAACAGACCAAUGGAUAGUAUUCUUGGAGAUCUUGGAUUUAGUAGUGGCAAGUCGAUGUCCUUGUUUUCAAGGGAAGGCCAUUUGGGCAUUCAUGUGGUGAAGUUCCCUGGUGGUGCAAAAGGUCUGAAGGAGGCGCUGCGGCUGGCUGAACAUUUCGAAAAACAGAAUCGAGGGCGAAAAGAUUGGGCCCGUGUGCAGUCCUCCCCGACAUUUAACAAGGAAGAUGAUAACAAUCCAAACCUUGUGAAAUUGGAUGCUACAACUGGAGAGAAAAAGAGAAUCUUUUAUGGGCAUAUAGCCACUGUUUCUGAUCUCGACAAGGUCACUUUUGAGAUCAAGAAAAAGGUGACCAUUGAGAGCAAAAGGGAUUACAAGAAGCAUUCCAAGUAGAAACUUAAGACAGCAGUAUUUGAGAUAUCUCAUUUUCCAGUGUCUUUUUAUCCUUUUAAUUUAAACUUGGAGUUUUUACCUUGUACUGUGAUUUGCAAGUUAAGAAAUUAUAACUUCAUGGAACUCAGUGCUGCUGCGUAUUUCUUAAGUGGAUAGUUUCUCUUUACGAAA